AUGUUGGAAUCCAACAAUGUGAUCACUUUCAAUGGCUUCGCCAACAGCUCCAGUUAUCAUACCUUCCUUUUGGAUGAGGAACGGAGUAGGCUGUAUGUUGGAGCGAAGGAUCACAUAUUUUCAUUCAACCUGGUUAAUAUCAAGGAUUUUCAAAAGAUUGUAUGGCCAGUAUCUUUUACCAGAAGGGAUGAAUGCAAAUGGGCUGGGAAAGAUAUCCUGAAAGAAUGUGCUAAUUUCAUCAAGGUGCUUAAGGCUUAUAAUCAGACUCACUUGUACGCCUGUGGAACGGGGGCUUUUCAUCCAAUUUGCACCUACAUUGAAAUUGGACAUCAUCCUGAGGAUAAUAUUUUUAAGCUGGAGGACUCCCAUUUUGAAAAUGGCCGUGGGAAGAGUCCAUAUGACCCUAAACUGCUGACGGCAUCUCUUUUAAUAGAUGGAGAAUUAUACUCCGGGACCGCAGCUGAUUUUAUGGGGCGAGAUUUUGCGAUCUUCAGAACUCUCGGGCACCAUCACCCAAUCAGAACAGAGCAGCAUGAUUCCAGGUGGCUCAACGAUCCAAGGUUCAUUAGUGCCCACCUCAUCCCAGAAAGUGACAACCCUGAAGAUGACAAAGUAUAUUUUUUCUUCCGUGAAAAUGCGAUUGAUGGAGAACACACCGGAAAAGCCACUCAUGCUAGAAUAGGUCAGAUAUGCAAGAAUGACUUCGGGGGUCACAGAAGUCUGGUGAAUAAGUGGACAACAUUCCUGAAAGCUCGACUCAUUUGCUCAGUGCCAGGUCCAAAUGGCAUUGACACUCAUUUUGAUGAAUUGCAGGAUGUAUUCCUUAUGAAUUCUAAAGAUCCUAAAAAUCCAAUUGUCUAUGGAGUGUUUACAACUUCCAGUAACAUCUUCAAGGGGUCAGCUGUGUGCAUGUAUAGCAUGAGUGAUGUGAGAAGGGUGUUCCUUGGUCCAUACGCUCACAGGGAUGGUCCCAACUAUCAGUGGGUGCCUUACCAAGGAAGAGUCCCCUACCCACGACCAGGAACUUGUCCCAGUAAAACAUUUGGUGGAUUUGACUCUACAAAAGACCUUCCUGAUGAUGUUAUAACAUUUGCAAGAAGUCACCCAGCUAUGUACAAUCCAGUGUUUCCUAUUAAUAACCGCCCAAUAAUGAUCAAAACAGAUGUCAAUUAUCAGUUUACACAAAUUGUGGUAGAUCGAGUGGAUGCAGAAGAUGGCCAGUAUGAUGUUAUGUUUAUUGGAACAGAUGUUGGGACCGUUCUUAAAGUAGUUUCAAUUCCUAAGGAGACUUGGCAUGAUUUAGAAGAAGUUCUGCUGGAAGAAAUGACAGUUUUUCGGGAGCCAACUACUAUUUCAGCAAUGGAGCUUUCCACUAAGCAGCAACAACUCUAUGUUGGUUCCACCACGGGGGUUGCCCAGCUCCCUCUACACCGAUGCGAUAUUUACGGGAAAGCGUGUGCAGAGUGCUGCCUUGCCCGAGACCCUUACUGUGCCUGGGAUGGCUCUUCAUGCUCUCGCUAUUUUCCCACUGCAAAGAGACGCACAAGACGACAAGAUAUAAGAAAUGGAGACCCAUUGACUCAUUGUUCAGACUUACAACACCAUGAUAAUCACCAUGGCCACAGCCUUGAAGAAAGAAUCAUCUAUGGAGUAGAAAAUAGUAGCACGUUCCUGGAAUGCAGUCCAAAAUCACAGCGAGCUCUGGUCUAUUGGCAAUUCCAGAGGAGAAAUGAAGAGCGAAAAGAAGAGAUCAGAGUGGAUGAUCACAUCAUCAGGACAGAACAAGGCCUUCUACUGCGUAGCCUACAGCGGAAGGAUUCAGGCAAUUACCUCUGCCAUGCUGUGGAACAUGGUUUCAUGCAAACUCUUCUGAAAGUGACCCUGGAAGUCAUCGACACAGAGCAUUUGGAAGAGCUUCUUCAUAAAGAUGAUGAUGGAGAUGGCUCUAAGACCAAAGAAAUGUCCAACAGCAUGACACCUAGCCAGAAGGUCUGGUACAGAGACUUCAUGCAGCUCAUCAACCACCCCAAUCUGAACACAAUGGAUGAGUUCUGUGAACAAGUGUGGAAAAGGGACCGAAAACAACGUCGGCAAAGGCCAGGACAUGCCCAGGGGAACAAUAACAAAUGGAAGCACUUGCAGGAAAACAAGAAAGGUAGAAACAGGCGGACCCACGAAUUUGAGAGGGCACCCAGGAGUGUCUGA